UGUUGGGUUGACAUGGCAAGCACAGGGAUCAGGGCGAGACUGCAGAUCCUCUUCCUCCUCAUGCUGACAGGGACGGGCGUGGGAGGAUCCGAGACCGAGAAGGAGCUGCUCAAGAAGCUGUUCAAAACCUACAAUGCCAACGUGCGACCUGCACAGACAGCGGACGAGAAAGUGAUGGUGAGAGUCGGGAUGACCCUCUCACAGUUGAUCAGCCUGAAUGAAAAGGAUGAGGAGAUGACCACGAAUGUGUUCAUGAACAUGGCGUGGACAGAUUAUCGAUUGAAAUGGAAUCCGGAAGAUUACGGGGGGAUCGAAGUCCUUCGCAUCCCCUCCAGCAAAGUGUGGCUCCCGGACAUCGUCCUGCUCAACAACAAUGAUGGGAAUUUCCAAGUGGCGCUCCACAUUAAUGUGCUGGCGCAACACACCGGCAUCGUCAACUGGUUGCCUCCUGCCAUCUACCGCAGCUCCUGUGGCAUCCAGGUGAAGUAUUUUCCGUUCGAUUGGCAAAACUGCACCAUGGUUUUCAGCUCCUACACGUACGACACGUCUGAGGUGAUCCUGGGCCACGCGCUAGAUGAUUCAGGUACCAGGGAGAUUCGAGAGAUCAUCAUCGACAACAACGUCUUCACCGAGAACGGAGAGUGGCAGAUCCAGCACAAGCCUUCACGUAAGAACACCCUGAGCAACGACCCGACCUAUGAGGACAUCACCUUCUACCUCAUCAUCCAGCGCAAGCCCCUCUUCUACAUCGUCAACAUCAUUAUCCCCUGCGUCCUCAUCAGCAUCUUGGCUAUCCUCGUCUUCUACCUCCCUCCGGACGCAGGUGAGAAGAUGACUCUCUCCAUCUCUGUGCUUCUGGCUCUUACCGUCUUCCUGCUGCUGUUGGCUGACAAAGUCCCGGAGACCUCACUGGGCGUUCCCAUCAUCGUCAACUACCUGAUGUUCACCAUGAUUCUGGUCACCUUCUCGGUCAUCCUCAGUGUGGUGGUGUUAAACCUUCAUCACCGCUCCCCAAAUACCCACGCCAUGCCCCAUUGGGUCAAACAGGUUUUCAUCCACACGUUACCCAGGUACCUCCGAAUCCAGAGGCCUAAACUGGAGGCCUCACCAACCGAGAAGCACGUGGCUCUUAGUCGCGCGACCGACGAAUACUUCAUCCGAAAGCCAGCGAUGGACUUGAACUAUCUGAAGGAGAGCAUCAGUGUGGACUUACCGCCAAGCCGCCUGUUCCCGGAGAUAAACCGGUACAUGAAUGGCCUAGUGCAGCAAAUGGUGCUGCCCCGAGAUCUCAAGGCCGCUGUGGAAGCCAUCAAGUACAUCGCAAAGGAGCUGCGGGGUCAGGAGGAGUACGACACGCUGAAGGAGGACUGGCAGUACGUCGCCAUGGUCGUCGACCGACUGUUCCUCUGGGUCUUCAUCACCUUCACCUCGAUCGGGACGCUCACCAUCUUCCUCGACGCCAGCUACAACGUUCCACCCAUUGACCCCUUUGACCCCUCGGCCUAACGCCAACUCCCGUCCUUCACCACCACCAGUCACCCCCCAUCCCGACCCCCUGACCCCCGACCCCCACCCAGUCUCUGGUGCAAAUGCGAUGCGCUUGGUAAUGGUUUUCAACGGGAAAUGUAUUUUGAGUCCUAAUCCUUUCCAUUUCCGGGGAAAAGUGUGGCGUUCUCACCCUUCGGACUGAGAGGUCACACCCAGUCCCGUCCAGAAGCCGAUCCAGGCCUGGCUUUUCUUCCCUCCCUGCUCAGUGCGGGGUAAACCGAGGCCGGGUGCCAGGAAGGCCUUUUUCACACGGAGGGGACCAAUACCUGGACCGGAUUCCGGCACAGGAGCGGAGGCACAAAUCCCUUGACUUGACUUGACUUGAGAAGCAAGACACCAGGGAGAUGGUCCUAGCCCCGACUGGAGAGUCUCGAACACAGGGUAAAGGUGGGGGCGGGGUUGGCCAUUUAGGACAGAGGCGAGGAGAAAUUUCUUCACUCGGAGGGUUGUGGAAUUGGUGCCAUUGAGCUGAACGCAUUCAAACUUAAGGUCGGUAGAUUUUUGGACACUAAGGGAAGGAGAGGGGAUGAGGAGAGUGCGGCAAGGUGCAGCUGAAGUAGAAGAUCAGGCACGAGCUUGUGGAAUGGCGGAGCAGGCUUGAGAGGGGCUGAAUGGCCUCCUCCAGCUCCUGUUGUGGUCUUAAUUGGAUGUCAAAAAGAAGGUUGGGGGAGUGGGGGCAAGGCCGAGUGGGUUGGAGGACUAAGAAUGGCCAACCUCCCUCUGGGUUUUGUCAGAGAUGGGCAUUCCCUUCUGGUGUUUUUGGCCACUUGCAUUGUUAAGAUCUC